ACUCAAAAAAAGUAAAAUUGGGGAUCAAAAGUUAAUUUUCUCUUUCUUCGUUUACCACCAACAACAGAGAACUCUCCUCCCUCAACCCAAGCUCCGCUUUCCUCCCAUAGUGUUACUACUUGCUGCUGCUUACUUCCAUUCUCACCAAUCACCAUGCAGCUGAACUUGAAUCGACAUAGUAGAUGAUGAUGAUGAUGCAUCUGAAGAAAAUAAGGGUGCAAACAAACACCCUUAUAUUCUUUUUCUCACCCCCCACCAGACUCAGAAGAUUUUUCUACCCUACACCCAUCACAAGAACAUUCUCCUCCCAAAUCCAUAAAGAUUCAAUUUUUAUCCCACCCACCAAAACCCAUCUCUAUGUUUCAUUCUUCUGCACCCUCAUUCGCCUCUACUUGACACAUGACAGAUUCUCCACCGCCUCUGCCACUUUCUCUCACAUGCGUGCUCUUGGUCUUGUUCCUACUUUACCUUUCUGGAAUACCCUUUUGUAUCAAUUCAAUGCCUCUGGUUUGGUUUCUCAGGUAAAACUUAUGUAUUCUGAUAUGCUGUUUUGUGGAGUUGUACCUGAUGUUUUCAGUGUUAAUGUUUUGGUUCAUUCGUUGUGUAAAGUUGGUGAUUUGGAUUUGGCUUUAGGAUAUCUUAGGAACAACGAUGUUGUUGAUAUUGAUAAUGUUACAUAUAAUACUGUUAUUUGGGGAUUCUGUCAGAAAGGGUUGGUUGAUCAGGGUUUUGGUCUGUUGUCUGAAAUGGUUAAAAGAGGUUUAUGUUUUGAUUCAAUCACUUGUAAUAUACUAGUCAAGGGUUAUUGCAGAAUUGGAUUGGUUCAAUACGCUGAGUGGGUUAUGUACAACUUGGUUGAUGGUGGGGUUACAAAAGAUGUUAUUGGUUUGAAUACCUUGAUUGAUGGGUAUUGUGAAGCUGGUUUGAUGAGUCAAGCAACGGAGUUGAUUGAGAAUAGCUGGAGGAGUGAUGUCAAGAUUGAUAUUGUUACUUAUAAUACUCUGCUUAAAGCUUUUUGUAAAACGGGUGAUCUUACAAGGGCUGAAUCUCUUUUCAAUGAGAUUUUGGGAUUUUGGAAAGACGAAGAUCGGUUGAAAAAUAAUGAUGUUGUAACUCAAAACGAGAUAAAAAAUUUGCAGCCUACACUUGUCACAUACACAACAUUAAUCGCUGCGUACUGUAAGUUUGUUGGAGUUGAAGAAUCACAUUCUUUGUAUAAGAAGAUGAUUAUGAAUGGAAUCAUGCCAGAUGUGGUUACUUGUAGUUCUAUUCUUUAUGGAUUCUGCAGGCAUGGUAAACUAACUGAGGCAGCAGUUUUGUUUAGAGAGAUGUAUGAAAUGGGUUUAGAUCCUAAUCAUGUCUCGUAUGCUACGAUUAUUAACUCGCUGUUCAAAUCUGGGAGGGUUAUGGAAGCUUUUAAUCUUCAAAGCCAAAUGGUUGUUCGGGGCAUUUCUUUUGAUAUAGUUACAUGCACAACUGUAAUGGAUGGACUUUUCAAAGUUGGGAAAACUAAAGAGGCUGAGGAAGUGUUCGAAACUAUUCUAAAGCUCAAUCUUGCCCCAAACUGUGUCACGUAUUCGGCAUUGCUUGAUGGGUAUUGCAAGUUAGGAAAAAUGGAACUUGCAGAGUUAGUGUUACAAAAAAUGGAGAAGGAACAUGUUCCUCCAAAUGUUAUUACCUUUUCUUCCAUUAUAAAUGGAUAUGCUAAAAAAGGAAUGCUUAGUAAAGCAGUUGAUGUGUUAAGGGAGAUGGUCCAAAGGAAUGUUAUGCCAAAUACUAUUGUUUAUGCAAUUUUAAUUGAUGGCUAUUUUAAGGCAGGUGAACAAGACGUUGCUGAUGAUUUCUGUAAGGAAAUGAAAUCGCGUAGAUUGGAGGAAAGCAAUGUCAUAUUUGAUAUCUUAUUGAACAACUUGAAAAGAGUUGGGAGGAUGGAUGAAGCUCGGUCAUUAAUUAUAGAUAUGUACUCCAAGGGUAUAGACCCGGAUAUCGUUAAUUACGCUUCUCUAAUAGAUGGCUACUUUAAAGAAGGAAACCAGUUAGCCGCUCUUUCCAUUGUCCAGGAAAUGAAAGAGAAAAACAUCCGGUUUGAUGUUGUUGCUUACAAUGCUUUGAUUAAGGGGCUCUUGAGGCUGGGGAAAUAUGACCCGCGAUAUGUUUGUUCAAGAAUGAUAGAAUUGGGUUUGGCUCCAGAUUGUAUUACAUAUAACACUAUAAUUAACACAUACUGCAUCAAAGGUAAGACAGAAGAUGCUUUGGAUAUUUUGAAUGAGAUGAAGAGCUACGGGAUAAUGCCAAAUGCAGUCACUUAUAACAUUUUGAUUGGCGGGCUUUGUAAAACUGGUGCAGUUGAAAAAGCAGAAAGUGCUUUAGAUGAAAUGUUAGUUAUGGAGUUUGUGCCAACCCCAAUUACUCACAAGUUUCUGGUUAAAGCAUAUUCAAGGAGUGAAAAAGCAGACAAAAUUUUGCAAAUUCACGAGAAACUUGUCGCCUCAGGCCUCGAACUCAGCCUGACUGUGUAUAACACACUAAUCACUGUAUUUUGCAGGUUAGGGAUGACUAGAAAGGCAAAAGUGGUCCUUGAUGAAAUGGUAAAACGUGGAAUUUCAGCUGAUUUAGUUACUUACAACGCCCUUAUUCGCGGUUACUGUACAGGAAGUCACGUGGAGAAGGCAUUGAAGACUUAUUCACAGAUGUUUGUUGAUGGAAUUGCUCCAAAUAUUACUACUUACAAUACCCUUUUAGGAGGUCUUUCAAAUGCUGGUUUGAUGGAAGAGAUGAUGGAAGAGACAGAGAAAUUAGUUAGUGAGAUGAACGAAAGAGGACUUGUCCCAAAUGCCGCUACUUAUGACAUAUUGGUUUCUGGAUAUGGUAGAGUUGGAAACAGAAAAAAAACUAUAAUACUUCACAUUGAAAUGAUAACCAAAGGUUUUGUUCCCACUUUAAAAACCUAUAAUGUGCUUAUUAGUGAUUAUGCAAAAUCUGGAAAGAUGAUUGAAGCUAGAGAACUUUUGAAUGAUUUGCUGACAAAAGGAAGAAUUCCUAAUUCUUUCACAUACGACAUUCUAACCUGUGGAUGGCUCAAUUUAUCGUAUGAACCAGAGAUAGACCGCUCACUUAAACGGUCGUACGAAAUUGAGGUGAAAAAAUUGCUGAUAGAAAUGGGGAGAAAAGGACUUAAAUUUAGCAAAAAAGCUGAGAUUAGAAGGUUGAAGAUUUUCCCACAUUGGAUGGUAGAUGCCUUGAACAAGUGUUUAUAAGUGGGGCCAAUCCUCACCUCACAAGCCGGUUUUGUGGGGUUGUGUAAGACCCAACCAUGAUUUCUAAGAUGGUAUCAGAGCCAACUCUAAGAUAAGUUGGGUCAUCUGUUAUCAGGUCACCCACCUUUUAUAUCCAUGCUCCAGGUGUCUAGUCCUGAGCGUGAGGGGGUGUGUUAAGAGUCCCACAUUGGAUGGGAGAUGGCCUAAACAAGUGUUUAUAAGUGGGGGCAAUCCUCACCUCACAAGUCGGUUUUGUGGGGUUGUGUAACACCCAACCACGAUUUCUAAGAAAGCAUGACAAGUGCUUUGAUAGACACACCAUCAGGGGUUAUGAAACUGUAGUUAGAGCCAAUCCUCAAUAACUCGGUCUUAAAUGCCCCACUAGGUCCAAGUGUGAUGAGGAUUUUGUGAGAAAAUUGAGAUGUGGUGGAUCAACAAUGAAUUUUUGUGGUGAUGACAGUGGUCAAUUGCUACCAGGAUGGUGAAACUAUAUGUGUACUAAAAUUGAUCAUGUUAUUUACAAUGUUAAAGCAAUAGAAGUUCAUUCUGAAAUUGUUCCAGCGUUCUCACACACUCAUCAGGCUAUAUAGACCAAACUGCUGAUGAGGUUUCAGAGAAAGAACACAAUUCUGAUAUACACUCGAUUUUCAGAAUGGGGUUAUGCCGCUGUUCCGCCUGUUCGGGGAAGAAUUACAUCUUGGUUGCAUUACAUUCGUGGAAUGAUGACAGACCAUGUUUCUGGGGAUUUAUUGUUCCCAUGGGACUUUAUAAUUCGUCCCUUGUGAUGUUAAAUCUCAGAUGUUUGGGUAUAGUGUUUGAUCUGGAUGAAACCCUUGUUGUAGCAAACACAAUGCGCUCGUUUGAGGAUAGAAUUGAUGCACCCCACAGGUUGAGAUAGAUGGCCAGGUGUAUGGUAAGGGGACCGGAUUAACAUGGAAUGUGGCUAAAAUGCAGGCUGCUGAGAAGGCACUUGGAAGUCAAAGAACAAUGCAUGGCCAAGGCAUUCAGAGAUGGCAGAGUUCUCCCAGGCCAUUUCAGGGAUUCUCGUAUAAACGUUUGAAGCAAGAACAUUCACGAAUUCUUCAAGGAUUCGCAUCUUCUGGUAGAUAUCGUAGAAAUGCUACAGCAAUUCCUUGACAGAAGUAACAGGAUUUUUAAUCUCACUUGCUAGUAUGAUUGUUGCUGGGGCAUGCAUAUGUAUAUAUUACUGAUUCAACAAUGUGAAGGGUGGUGGCUGUUGGGUUGGGACCAUUUCAACUUAAACGGGCGAGUACUUGGCCUCAGUAUUUUUGUCACCGAGCUCAGUGCCGCCAACAUAGAGCAACACCCACAUUUUGUAACCAAUGUAUAUUCCUCUACUGAAAUGGGGUGAAGCACCGGUAAAAACAUUGAUUUGCAUCGUGGUGGUCCCAAUUGAUGGAUAUGCUUUGAGACCGGUUCACAACACAAGAUGGUGAGGCAAGUCCAAUGCAAUGCAAUUGAUACUCAAGAGUAACCAACCCAAUCUAUUGGAAUUUAGAAUUGAUUCAGCGUUUAUUUUUCCAACUCAAAGUGAUGGUACAACGUACAAGUACAACCAUAUUUUGUUCCCCAAUUGAUCCAACCUAUUACUAUUGAAUAUGACAGUUCUCAAUUGUGAUUAUUUGCCAAUUCUGUUCCCCAAGACGAAUUGGUGAGGACGAGUGCUAACAACACUUUCUUUUUA